AUGGAUUACAAGAAAAUCGCGGAGGAUGUUUCCACGACACUUUUUGCAUACUUCCAAGAUUCAGCAGAUUGGAAAGUGGUAAAACGUACAAAAUUUAUUGAAGUGUCAUCAAAACCUUCACUGUGCUUCGAAGGAAACAUAUACCGUGCUGAAGCCCUCGUGGAAAUACCUGUUAAUAAACUCUUUCCCUUCAUUUACCUUCCCGAGUACCGCAGUAAAUGGGACAAGGCGGUACAGUCAUAUAAACUUGUAGAAACAGUUGACCAGGACACUUUCAUUUUUCACAGUAUUACACACAGUUAUGGCUUUGGAUUGAUUUCGCCAAGAGACUUUGUGUACAUUGUGCACAUUAAGAAAUAUGAUGAUGGAAAUUUAAUGACAACAAACUCUGUCAGUGUGGAUCAUCCAGAUUAUCUCCCAACUCCAAGAUACGUCCGUGGUAGCAACUUUCCUUCUGGUUAUGCAUGUUCGCCCCAUCCAGAGAAUCCAGACCACUCCAAACUGGUGGCGAUCCUCCAGGUGGACUUGGGAGGCAUGUUAAUGCCUUCUCUGGUAGAUUCAGUUAUGCCUAUGACCCUCAUAAACUUAGUCACCGAUUGCAAAUCUGGAUUUAAGUCACUAAAGGAAACGAUCCCAUAAAA